CUUUCAAGUUCAAUUGGGGCCAUGGCAUUGGCUGUACAUGCAAUGAUGCAUGGGUCCUGCCACCGUGACCACUGCCGGUGCAGUAAUUCCUGAAGCCUGGUCUUAACAGAUCUGAACGAGGGAACGAAAUGCAUGUCGCGUUUUGGGAGCUCUCCCAAGUUUCAGCUGGUUGGCAUGCUUGAAAGGAUUCCUCAGCGCCCCAUCGAGAAGUGAUCCAGGGUGAAUCCAUUUUGUGAGUGGAUUUGACCGAAGACGAGCAGCGGUGCGUGCCUAUAAGAAAGGAGCCGGACGCAGAGGCACAGCACGUCCUCCGGGAGCAAAGACCACAUUUGUCGGUACAAGAGGAGAGAUGCAAGCAUCAGCAUUCAAGUAAACAAGUAACUGCCAGUCGUACACAAGCUCGGCAUUGUACUCCAAGAGCUGUUUGUGAGAAGUGCUGGUCAAAAGAAGUAACAUGCACAACAACCCGUGACCAUUGGCGUACAAGCCGGUGGAAGAAACCACACCUCGCAAUCAUGGCCGUUACAGAUCGCUUAGAUCGCGAUGCCAUCAGCGACGCCCUCCCCAGCGAAUCCACUGACCGCGCGUAUGAGCACUCUCAGCAGAUCAAUGUUGACGGCUAUGGGCCUCUUCCUGACGAAGAAGGGGGGCCGAAUGUCAGCGGCGAACCACCCCCUUUCAGCUGGAGAAAGCUGUGGGCGUUUACGGGCCCGGGCUUCCUGAUGUCCAUAGCGUAUUUGGACCCAGGAAAUCUAGAGAGCGAUCUCCAGGCGGGCGCGCAGGCGGGAUACCAGCUGCUGUGGGUACUCUUCUGGGCGACACUAAUGGGACUGAUUAUCCAGCUGACAGCCGCUCGCUUAGGCGUCGCAACAGGGAAGCACCUCGCCGAGUUGUGUCGAGAGAAGUAUCCCUUUGUUCCACGUAUCAUUCUGUGGAUAAUGACCGAGAUUGCAAUUGUUGGGGCGGAUAUUCAAGAGGUGAUUGGGACGGCGAUCGCCAUCCAGAUUUUGAGCAACGGCCGUGUUCCCCUUUGGGUCGGAGUGCUGGUUACGGCAGCAGACAGCACACUGUUUCUCUUCCUGGAACAGAUCGGCGUGCGCAAGCUUGAGGCGUUCCUGGGCUGCCUGAUCGGCAUUAUGGCCAUCGCCUUUGCGCGACUCUUCGUGGAGGCACGUCCGAACCCCGUCGCAAUCGCCAAAGGCCUCCUUGUUCCGUACGUCGCUCCGAGUGCCAUCCAGCAAGCAGUGGCGAUUGUAGGGGCAGUCAUCAUGCCGCACAACGUUUUUCUGCAUUCCGCCCUCGUUCAAUCCCGCAGCAUCGACACCCGCAACGAGUCGCGCGUCCGCGAGUCACUGCGCUACUACUCGAUCGAGAGCACGGCGGCACUGAUACUCUCCUUCCUGAUCAACGUAUUUCUGACGACCGUCUUCGCGAAGGCGUUCUUUGGGAAGCCCCAGGCGAAGCUUAUUGGGAUGGCGAAUGCGGCGGAGUAUUUGAAGAAACACUUCGGGGGGCUCGGCUUCGUGCCGAUGCAAUACGUGUGGGCCAUAGGUCUCCUCGCCGCAGGCCAGAGCAGCACCAUGACUGGCACUUACGCCGGCCAGUUCGUGAUGAGCGGCUUCCUCAACUGGAAAAUAAAGGCGUGGAAACGAGUGCUGAUCACUCGGUGCUUUGCGAUCGUUCCGACGAUGGCUGUGGCCGUCUACUUUGGCAGCGAGCGGGGGAGCCAACUGGACGUCCUUAACCAGUGGGUCAACGUGUUGCAGUCCGUCCAAGUUCCGUUCGCGCUGCUUCCGCUCAUGAUGCUGGCGUCAUCCCGGUCCGUCAUGGGGCCCUUUGUCAUCAGCAAAACGAGAACGGUGCUGUGCUGGCUGAUCGUGCUGCUGGUGUUGUCCAUCAACGGCUACCUGCUGGUCGUGUUCGCCAUCACGCAAGCCCCGCGAAUCGCAGCCGUACACGUGGCGCUCGCCCUAGGCGCGGCCGCAUAUCUGUCGCUGGUCGUGUACCUGGGGUUAGGACCUGAGCGAGUUGCCGCGAUUCUCGAAAGACGAAAACAAAGAUCACAGGGUCGUAGUCCAUUGCUCGAGGAGAAACGAUCGACUGACCGGAGGCAGCCCGAAGAGUAAAUCUAGCGCUACUUUAUAGCUAUUGCAUGCUGUACCAUACAUAUAUCAAAAACGGACUGGGAUCGUCCAUGAACGGACAAGGACGAUCCAUCGCAGCGCGCAUGACAUCGAGCUCGUGCGCCGAACAUUGAUUGAAGCAGAUAGUGUGGAGGUGCAAAGAAUGUCAGCACCAGGCAGCAUUUGCCAACGAACCACAAGUACAAAAACAAAUUGGCAACCGGUCAAGCGAAGGGCCGCUUCAGCUUAAUGUACAGGUCUAGUCGUCUGCCUCGCAGACUUACAUAGAAAAUAGUCCAA